AUAAUUAUAAUACAUAAUAUGUAUGUCAUAAGUUGUUGAUAAAUGUGUUGGUUGUUUUAAUGUGCGAUACAUAAUAAUUUAACUUGCUUUAAGACUUAAUUAGAAUGGUUACCUUUGCUCCUGAUGAAAUUGGACUAGCUGACCAGACAUCUUGCGCUGGUGUUCGGGCUGAUUUAAAAACAUGUUUGUUAAAUAGUGAUUGUUGCAAAAAGGAUAAAAAGACGCCACGAGAAUGCUUAAAAGAAGGCAGAGUACCCGACGAAUGCUUGCAGUUGCGACAGAGUUUUUUUGAGUGCAAGCGGUCUAUACUGGAUAAUAGAAGAAGAUUUAGGGGUUUAAAAGGAUAUUGAUUUUACUAAGAUGUACGAGAAACUAGUGAGAUUUAAUAUGUUACUUUAGUUUAGUGUUACUAGUUAAUAUAAAUUUGUUACUUA